UCUUCAUUCCGCCACCAUUCUCUGAAUCAUUUUCUCUAGUCCAAUAGUACCAGUCUAGAUUCCUUCAUCACUUCCAACCCAUCUUCUUCUUUCUAAUCUUGUUAUAGGUUAAGUGCUUGACAACGAAAGAAUCUUGUUUUUGGACUAGAGUUCCAGAGAAUGUGGAGGCUUAAGAUUGCUGAAGGCAACGGACCGUAUCUAUACAGCACCAACAACUUCGUUGGCAGACAAAUCUGGGAGUGGGAUCCAAAUGAUGGCACUCCUGAAGAACGAGAAGCGUUUGAAAAAGCUCGCGAAGGGUUCAGAAAUAACAGGAAAAAGGGAGUUCAUCCAUGCGCUGAUUUGUUCAUGAGAAUGCAGCUUAAGAAAGAAAAUUCCCAUAUUGAUUUGGGAAUCCCACCUGUUAGGCUGGGAGAAAAUGAAGAAGUAACUUAUGAAACAGCUACGACUGCUGUCAGGAAAGCUGUGAGGUUAAACCGCGCAAUCCAGGCUAAGGAUGGCCAUUGGCCAGCUGAGAAUGCAGGGCCGAUGUUCUUCACACCACCACUGCUCAUUGUCCUUUACAUCAGUGGAGCGAUCAAUACUCACUUAACAUCAGAACACAAGAAAGAAUUGGUUCGUUACAUCUACAACCAUCAGAAUGAAGAUGGUGGCUGGGGAUUUUACAUAGAAGGUCAUAGUACUAUGAUGGGAUCAGCCCUUAGCUACGUAGCUUUACGCAUACUUGGUGAAGGACCGGAUGAUGGAGAUGGUGCAGUUGCAAGAGCUCGCAAAUGGAUCCUUGACAAUGGUGGUGCAACUGGAAUUCCGUCAUGGGGAAAGACUUAUCUUUCGGUUCUUGGAGUGUAUGAUUGGGAUGGUUGCAAUCCACUACCCCCAGAAUUUUGGCUUUUCCCAGAGUUUUUUCCUUACCAUCCAGCAAAAAUGUGGUGUUACUGCCGUACGACGUACAUGCCUAUGUCUUAUCUGUAUGGCAGAAAGUAUCAUGGGCCGCUCACCGACCUUGUCUUGUCCUUGAGACGAGAGAUUCAUGUGAAACCAUAUGACCAAAUUAACUGGAACAAAGCUCGCCAUGAUUGUUGCAAGGAAGACUUGUACUAUCCUCAUUCCUUCAUCCAAGAUCUUCUCUGGGAUACUCUAAACUAUUGUACUGAGCCAUUUAUGAGACGGUGGCCGUGUAACAAGAUUAGACAAAGGGCUAUGGCAAAGUCAAUAGAGUACAUGCGUUAUGGUGCAGAAGUGAGCAGAUACAUAACUAUUGGAUGUGUCGAAAAGAGUUUACAAAUGAUGUGUUUUUGGGCACACGAUCCUAAUGGUGAUGAUUUCAAGUAUCACCUUGCUAGAGUUCCUGACUAUUUAUGGCUUGCCGAGGAUGGAAUGAAAAUGCAGAGCUUCGGAAGUCAGGUAUGGGAUUGUGUUCUUGCGAGUCAGGCAAUUCUUGCGAGUGGCAUGGUAGAUGAAUAUGGAGACAGCCUCAAGAAAGCACAUUUUCACUUGAAAGAGGCACAAUGCAAAACAAAUCCAAAAGGGGACUUCAAGAAAAUGUAUCGCCACUUCACCAAAGGUUCUUGGGCCUUUUCUGAUCAAGAUCAAGGUUGGGUUGUCUCAGAUUGUACAGCAGAGGCACUAAAGUGCCUACUACUUUUCUCUCAAAUGCCACAAGAGAUUGCUGGAGAAAAAGCUGAUGUUGAACGCUUGUAUGAUGCUGUCAACGUUUGCCUAUACUUACAGAGUCCUGAAACUGGUGGCUUCUCCAUUUGGGAGCCUCCAGUUCCUCAACCAUAUUUGCAACAAUUGAACCCUUCAGAGCUGUUUGCUGACAUCGUUGUGGAGCAAGAGCAUGUUGAAAAUUCGGCAUCCAUCAUCCAAGCUCUACUGUUGUUCAAACGUCUGCAUCCAGGCCACAGGGAGAAAGAAAUAGAAAUUGCUGUUUCCAAAGCUGUACAUUUUCUUGAAGGAAAACAAUGGCCUGAUGGUUCUUGGUAUGGCUACUGGGGAAUUUGCUUUCUCUAUGGCACUAUGUUUGUACUAGCAGGAUUUACUGCUGCAGGGAAAACAUAUGAGAAUAGUGAAUCAGUUCGUAAAGCGGUUAACUUUUACCUGUCUACUCAAAAUGAAGAGGGUGGAUGGGGAGAAUGUCUUGAAUCUUGCCCUAGCAUGAAAUACAUACCUCUAGAGGGCAAUAGAACAAAUUUGGUUCAAACUUCUUGGGCCAUGUUAGGACUAAUGUUUGGUGGACAGGCUGAGAGAGACCCAACACCAUUGCACAAGGCAGCCAAACUGCUAAUCAAUGCUCAAAUGGACGAUGGAGACUUUCCUCAACAGGAAAUAACAGGAGUGUACAUGAAGAAUUGCAUGCUUCACUAUGCUGAAUACAGAAAUAUUUUCCCACUUUGGGCACUUGCAGAAUACCGUAAACGUGUUUGGCCAUCCCAAAGAAUGUAAAUGUGAGCAUAGAUUGCAAAAGGAUUGAAAACGAAAUGUUGUGAUUGUUGUAUGUGGAUCUACCAAAUUGGUAUUAAUUCCACGCAAAGUUUUAUGAUGUAUUGGAAUAACUAGUUCAAGAUUUUGCAACAUCUUUCUUGUUUCUUAGCAAUAAACCAAUCCCACCUACCCCUACCCUCCUAAGGCUCCUAUCCAAGAAGGAGAAAUUCGAAAAGUACUAUCUUGUUUGCUAGUGAUCAUUGUUUUUGUUUA